CUGAAAUAUUUGACAGAAAUAUUUACAAAGUAUUAAGAGGGAGAAGAAUGUCAUUUAAACCAGAUGGUUCAAUCACAUCGCCAACCAGGGCCGUCAAAAAAACGAAAGAAACCGAAAAAAACGAAAGAAAUGUGCACGGAACAAAUCUCCUUGUCGCAUUCCAGGCUAUACAGACCAGUCAGAUGGAGAAAGCACCAGUGGUGACACAACCAAAGAAAGAAGUACAAUGGAUGUCGAGCGACAUAGUCGAUGUCCCAGACGGGUGUCCUAUCGGCCUGGAGUACCUCAUCCACCUAGACCAGCUCCUGGUGAGGCAGGAGGCGCACUUCCUGGAAGUUUUGAUGGAGUGGGAGUGUGCUAACAAGUACCGAAUAAUGAACAGUUUUCAACAACAAGUCUUUUACGCCACUGAAGAGUCAGAUAUCUGCAUGAUACAGUGCUGCGGUCCACGGCGAGCGUUCGUUAUUCACAUCACGGACAACCUGGGCCAGGAAGUAUUACGUUUCAUUCGAAAAUUCAAGUCUUGUGGCGGAUGUUGCUGUUGCGCAAAUAAUGAUUGCGCAGCCCAUGAGGUCAAAGUUCAAGCAAUUGGUGGAAACGUUCUAGGAUAUGUUCGACAACUACAAUCAGGCUGGAGUCCACAUUUCGGGAUAUUUGAUUCCAAACGAAAGCUUUUAUUUGAGAGUUGGGGUCCGUGCUGUCCGUGUCAGAGUCCGUGUUGUACAUCUGACGUCACAUUUCCGUUCAGAUCGAUCAAGGACGGACAGAUUGUUGCUACUAUCGCUAAACAGUGGGCUGGGGCGGCGCAAGAAUUGUUCACAGACGCUGAUAAUUAUGGCGUCUCUUUUCCAGCGGAUAUGCAGGUUGAGAUGAAGGCUGUAUUAUUAGGAGCAGUAUUUUUAAUUGAUUUUAUGUAUUUUGAACACAAAGAAAACCAACAUGUCACCUGAGAAAACCACGAGGUUUACUGAUUGUGAACACUUUAAAGACUCUCUGCAAACUGAGUCUAUAUUAAAUCCACGUGCAUUCGAAUUUUACAAGACUUUUUUUUAAUCAAUAAGACGAACUUGGCAUAACCGAGAUUACAGAUGUCGACAUAACGAAGUUUGAUGUGAUUUGAACAAUUAGCUUGUCAACUUGCUGUUUGACAUCAUCACGAAGUUUAUUGACUGAACUGUUGAGACACUUUCUACAGUAUGUUAUCAAUCUAGGCGCUUUCAAAUUUUACUGGACAUUAUUUCAAAACAAAUCAAUAAGACGAAAUUGGCAUUACCAUGGCGUUGACGUUAUUUGAAUACUAGCUCGACAUCCUGCUGUGUUUGACAUUACCACUCAAAAACAAAUGACAACUGUAUAUUAUGUAUAUAGACAGACAGUUUAUUAGGACCAUUGGCCCUGCAUGUAAGUGACAACAUGUACAUUCAAACUUUUAUCUUUAUGAAGGAACCGAGCCGAUAAGUUCGAGAUAUCGUUGGUUCGAGAUAAAUACAUUAUAUUUGCUGAUUUAAAUUUAUUGACUUCGGGAUAUGGACAGUCGAGAUUACAGAUGUCGACAUAACGAAGUUUGAGAAUUCACCAUAAAAUCAGCAUGAUAAACACGAACACAGGAAUGGUUAUGUAUGUUUUUACCGACAUGACUGAAAUCAUAUUAACUUCCUUUACUUUCCAUUGUACAGAAAUCUCGUUAAUAAAUACCUUGACCUUUCUUGUGUGAACUUUCAUCUGUGAAUAUGUAAAUACUUUUUAAAAAAUGGUAUAAAUGUAUGUCUAAUGAUUGUUAAAAAGACAAAUGAAUGAAAAUUAUUGUUCUGUUGUUUUGAUUUGCUGAAUAUAUGGUCACCAGGACUCGAAGAGGUCGUUUAAAGCCACAGACCCUAGUUUCAGCCUAUAAAAAUCGACAUCGUCAUUGAGUUUUGUUAAAUUACAAACCUGAUACACAGUUAGAAGGUUAUAACAGAGAGAAUCUAAAGUCUGUGAUGUUUAAAUGGGAAUAUACCGUCCAGAAAUAACUAAAGCUUGUCUUGAUAACCGUUACUUCUCAGACGAACGUGCGUUUUUAUGAUUAUGAAAAAUGCAUUUUGGGGUAUUACAAACACCAGGAUGACCAGAACCACUUCAGAUGUACACAAAAUAAUAUUCUAAACAAUAAAAGGUAAGUCAUUUUAAUUUAAAUUGUCAAAAACGGCUUUAAUGGUGAAACAUACGUCGUAGUGUUUAAAAACUAGGGUCCGUCGCUUUAAAGAGAUGCUUCUCAAACUGACAUACAGAUGUCCAAAUGUAUGACAAUUUCAAUAGUGAUCUGGAUGGCCAGACCUAAACAAAUUUGUCUAUGUCGAAAUAAGCUGUGGUCGUUGAACAAUAAACAAAUUAAUCGGA